CAGUUAGGUCAGUUGAGUAAGAUACUUUACCGAGAGCGGACGUGAAUUUUGAAUCUUUAUCCGUUCGCUACACAUUUUUCUACACACACACACAAUUUCUAUCUUUAUAAAGAAAAGAAGCAAAACAAAAAAAUACUGAAUGUACACGGAUUUAUUUCAAUCUUUGGGUGUUUGAUUCUUUUUUAUUAUCAUUUUCUUAUAAUUUUAAUUGGCAAAUAAAAUCACAAAGUAAUAGUUUACGAGAACGCGGUAUUGUGCGAGAUUUUCAAAAUAAAUAAAACACGACAAACAUAUAAGAAGAAGAAGAAGUGUAUCUCCUAUCAUAGAGAUAGUAUCUCUAGCAAACAAAAAAUAUAUCAAAGUAUCUACGAGAUACAAUAAGAAAAUUUAUAAUUUUCUUAAAUGUUUUAUGUUUAAAUUUUCGCGACGACUGUGGAUAUUCAAAAAAUAAAGUUCUUAUGAUUUUUUUUCUCAAAUGAAAUUAAUUCUCUACGAUAAUUAAAGUGAAAAAGGAUUUACUACAUAAGAAAAGAAAAAUAAAGGAUAACCAACCUAUCAAAUUCAAAUCUUAUCUUCUAUUUGAAAAAAAAAAGAUACAAUUUUGUAACAAGUGAUUUUUCAAAUUUUGUGAAGUGAAGUUACAAGGGAAAAAAAAAAACGAGUUGAAUUUUAGUGAUAUAUCAAAAAGAAAUUCAAAAUUCAACUCUAAAUUUUAUACGAGUGAAAAUUAUACGAAAUUUUAAACCAAAAUAAUUAAAAAUCAUAUCAAAUUGGAUACCAUUUUAAAAUUUUAUCAAAGUGAUCAAAAAAGACAUCGCGGUUAUUUUUUUUGGAUACUUAAGAAAAAUCCUCAAAAAAAAAAAAUUCUACCUAAAUCGAAAUCUUCUUGGAAUGAUAAAUAUUUCAAAAUCAAAAGGAGCUCAAUUUUGAAACAUACAAAAAAUAAAACUAAGAUUUUUUUUUUGGAAAACAACCAAAAUAAGCAAGAAAUACAGACAUGAAAAUGUCCGGAUCCUAUGUGCCAACGAUGAUCUUUAAAGAUAUUCAAUAAAAGGAUAAUCAACUUUGGAAGCACUUAAAUCGAAAUUUCUUGCAUCUCAUCACAAGAAGCAGACAAAACAACCAAACAAAACAAAAAAAAACAAAAAUUCAAAAUGGCGACAUCAAGAUCAUUCACAUCAUCAUCAUCACUGCGAUCUUAUCUCUUUUCGGCGAUCUUUCUCCUCGGAGUUAUGAGCAUCUCAGCACUGGCCAACUGCCCAUCGGGAUGUCAGUGUGACGAUGACACAUUGGUUGUAACAUGCGGCGAAGGACAUUUGGAUGUCCUGCCGAUCGCGCUAAAUCCAUCAAUUCAAAGGCUAGUGAUCAAAAACAAUCGCAUCAAAACGAUCGACUCAUCGAUACAAUUUUACGCCGAACUAACUUUCCUGGAUUUGUCAUAUAAUCAUUUAGUGACAAUACCCCAAAGGACGUUCGCCUACCAGCGGAAGCUUCAAGAACUGCAUUUAAAUCACAAUAAGAUCGGUUCGAUAAGUAAUAAGACUUUUAUGGGACUGCAAUCGCUGACGGUGCUGAAUUUGCGCGGAAAUUUCCUGGCUGAAUUGGAGCAGGGAACGUUUUCGCCACUCAGCAAGCUCGAGGAACUCAAUUUGGGCCAGAAUCGAAUAAGUCACAUCGAUCCGAGCGCCUUCAAUGGCAUGGUUAAUCUCAGGGUGUUGUAUUUGGAUGAUAAUACUCUGACAACAGUACCAUCGGUGCAGACAUUCCAGUCGAUGCCAAGUUUGGCUGAGCUAUUUUUGGGAACGAAUUCGUUUAUGACCAUUCCAUCGGGAGCUUUUGAAGAUCUUAAAGGCUUGACUCGAUUGGACUUGAAGGGAGCCGGUCUACACAACAUAUCGCAUGACUCACUGAAGGGUCUCGAGGGGGUAAGGAUCCUGGAUCUGUCAGAUAAUCGUCUUCAGAGGAUACCAACUCUGGGACUAAGUCACUUGGAGAGGCUGGAAGAACUCUCAUUGGGACAGAAUGACUUUGAGGUUGUUAUGGAAGGAGCCUUUGUGGGUUUGAAGAACCUUCGACGACUUGAGAUCGCCGGAGCCUUGAGACUGAAGAGAGUUGACAAUGGGGCGUUUGCCACUAACACAAAUUUGGAAUUCCUAAAUCUUUCUUCGAACAAAAUGCUCUCUGAAGUGCAGGAAGGAGCUCUCAGUGGCCUGCCUCAUCUGCGACACGUUAUCUUGAAAGAAAAUGCUCUCACAACUCUUGCUGAAGGACUUUUCCCAUGGAGCGAUCUCCACACUCUAGAUCUCUCAGAUAACCCCAUGACCUGUGAUUGCCGAGUACUUUGGCUGAGGAACUUAUUAGUCUCAAAGAACGCAACAAACGAUGCUAUCGCUAACGUAUUAUGUGCAUAUCCCGACAGGCUGAAGGAAGAGAAUUUGAAGAAUCUCACACCAUCUUUACUUGGAUGCUCCCACAAUGACCCCCGAAAACAAGCGAUGAUUGGAGCUUUGUUGGUCGGUUCAGCUGCAACGAUAACAGCUCUGGCUUUGAUCCUCUACAGAUGUCGCCGGAAGAUCCGGGAAUUUCUCAAAGGUGGCUGGGGAAACUCUGCCCUUGGUCGAAAGGAGAGGGAAUACCAGAAAACUUUUUCCGAUGAAGACUACAUGUCCCGGCACCAGCAUCCCUGCAGCCUGGGCAUCCACUCACAAUUCCCACCGACAUCCACCUACAACCCACACCACCAACAAUUCGGCCUUAGGCCAAUUCCAGUUACGGAACUAUAGCUAGAAGUACCGCCCCCACCUCCCCGAGGUCGGGGUGCCUCGAACCAAACCUUGCAACAGCUCCAAGUACCAACAUCGACCGUCCUCAAUGGCAACGUACCAUCCCAUCCACCUCCACCAACAGCAGUCCAACAACAACAACAACCGAACGACAACUCCUCCUUCGUACAGCUUAGCCAAAUCCACCUAAUGACCAACAAUGCCAAGAACAAGCUGUCCGCAACCCUCCAGGACAACUGCAAUGGCACGAAUCAAAACCACUACAGCCAGCCCCUGCCAAUUGUUCACAACAACGGCAAGUCGGCCACCACAGAUCGGCACGUCAGACUCAAUCAGGAUCACUUCAAUCACAAUCACUACGGUAGCGGUAAACACCACACAAUCGAUCCGAAUUAUAUUCACAAUAAUUCGCAUUAUUCACUGCCAAUUGAUCACGACGCUCCACCACCGAGUCCAACGCCAACACCUCCACCACCGGCGUUGCCAAUGCGCAACGGAAGUAUUGGAAUGAUCCAUGGCAAUACGACGGGUCGGCGUUCGUUCAACAAUAAUAACAACAACAACAACAGCACCAACAUCAUGAACAACAACAACAGUUUGCGGCAUUAUCACUGAUGACAGGGGUGGAUGGCAUUUGAAUUCUACUCACCGACCAUCCGCUAAAACAAACAUCACCAACAACAACUGCAAUGACAGCUGUCAAUUUAUGAACAACAACAUCAUCAGCAACUACAAUUUAUCUGUCAAACUGUCAAAUGAACUGAAAACUACAAUUAUUGGUGCGAACAUUUGAAAAAUCUCUGUGGUGCCUCACAGAAAUAAAUAUUCAACUACCAUACACACUUUUGUCCAAAAACAAAUGACAAAAAGUUUUAUAUUCUUUUGUUUAUUUUCAAACAAAUUUAUUAAUAUAAUUAUAAUUUUUAAUUUUUUUCUGUAAAAUAUUGUAAAAAUUUGAUAUUAAAAAAAAAGAAAAACAGUAUAAGGAAAAAUCAUGGAAAAAAAAACAAAAACCAAAACAUUACAUAAGAAAAAUGUGUGUGUUUUUAAGACUUUAAGUGAGACUAUAUUUAUAGAUACACUUUUAUUAAAUAAGUAAAAAUUUUAUUAUUUUCUUCUUUUUGGUAAAAACAAAAACAAUUUGUAAAUAAAAAUAAUAUUAAUUGAAAACUGAAAAAAAUAUAAUACUAUUUAAAAGACACGAUAAUUCCAGUGAUGCUAAAUUUUAAGUUAAAUAAAACAAAAAAGAAUUAAAUAAAUUAAAGUAAAAUUUAAAUAAAACAAAAAAAAAUAAUUUUUAAUUCCCCAACUGUAAAUAUUGAAUGUAUUAUUUUAUUAUAUUUUAUUUUAUUUUUUAAUUGUGUACAAAAAACUAUUAAAUUAACAGAAAAAGAUUAGAAAAGAAGAAAACAAUUCGGACUGGCUAUUAUAUUAUUAUUAUUUUUUCUCACUAAAUUAAAUAAAUUAAAAUUUUAAAAAGAAAUCGGUAUUAUCUCAAAGUCGAUGUUAUUUUGUUGUUUAUUUAAUUUUUUAAUUUUAAUUUUCUGUCCUAUUUUUAUUCCUUAAUUAAAUAAAACAAACAAAUUAAAUAUGAAAGAGCUGAUAAACAAAUAGAUAGUCCAAAAAAAAAAGAAAACAAUUAAAGGAGAGUAUGUAUAAAUUUAUAAUGGAAGACGUUAAUCGAUGUAAAAUAAAAAGCAAAACAAACUGAAAAUUUGAUAAUUUAUUAAAUGUAAAAAUUAUAAAAAAAUACCUAA